AUGAGCCAGAGGUUCACAGUGAGCGCUUCAUCCAGGAGUGACGGCGAGCUGGGAGAGAUCAACCAGCUGUUUGAAGGGGACGAGCCCAACCCGAGCUCCUCGGAUCUCUCAGAGGACCCUGUGAAAGUGGUUAGUACUGUUGCCUCACAGCAAAAAGGAGAUGGAAAUCCCAAGGAGAGCAGUCCUUUCAUCAACAGCAGUGAUCCGGAGAAGGCCCAGCAGUAUGAUGGCAAAAACAUGGCAUUGUUUGAGGAGGAGAUGGACACUAGUCCCAUGGUAUCGUCUCUGCUCAGUAGCCUUGCCAACUAUUCCAACCUGCCUCAGGGCAGCAAGGAACACGAGGAAGCCGAGAACAACGAAGGUUCCCGUAAGAAGCCUGUACAGGCUCCACGGAUGGGCACACUGAUGGGAGUAUAUUUCCCCUGUCUGCAGAAUAUUCUCGGUGUGAUCCUGUUUUUGAGGAUGACCUGGAUGGUGGGGAUUGGAGGGGUCAUCGAGGCCUUCAUCAUCGUCCUUAUGUGCUGCUCCACGACUAUGUUAACUGCAAUUUCUAUGAGUGCCAUCGCCACCAAUGGAGUAGUACCAGCUGGAGGCUCCUACUACAUGAUCUCUCGUUCCCUUGGCCCUGAGUUUGGUGGCGCUGUGGGGAUCUGUUUCUACCUGGGGACCACCUUUGCAGGAGCCAUGUACAUUCUGGGCUGUAUUGAGAUCUUACUGAUCUACAUAGUGCCACAGGCCGCCAUCUUUAAGAUGGAGGAUUUGGAGGGGUCAGAGGCAGAGGCAGCCAUGUUGAAUAACAUGCGAGUGUAUGGCACGUUGGUGCUGACCUUCAUGGCCGUGGUGGUGUUUGUUGGUGUGAAGUACGUCAAUAAGCUGGCACUGGUCUUCCUGGCCUGUGUUAUUUGCUCCAUACUGGCUGUGUAUGCUGGAGUCAUCAAAACUGCCUUUGAACCACCUCUGUUCCCGGUGUGUGUCGUGGGGAACCGGACUCUAGUUUGGAAAGGCUUUGAUGUGUGUGCUAAAGUGAUUGAGAAAGACAAUGUUACAGUCACUACCAAACUCUGGAGUCUCUUCUGUGACUCAGAGUUCCUCAAUGCCACCUGUGACAGCUACUUCGCCAACAACAACGUGACAGAGUUACAGGGCAUUCCCGGCGUCACCAGUGGCAUUCUUAAAGAGAACUUGUUUGGGAAUUACAUGGAGAAGGGCCUUUAUCUGGAGAAGCUGGGGCUUCCUUCUGUGGAGGAGCCAGACGCUCUGCCCACAAACACUAAAGCCUAUGUACUAUCUGACAUCACCACUUUUUUCACACUCUUGGUUGGGAUCUACUUCCCUUCAGUUACAGGCAUCAUGGCAGGUUCGAACCGCUCUGGUGAUCUGCGGGAUGCUCAGAAGUCCAUCCCCAUUGGCACCAUUCUGGCCAUCAGCACCACCUCCUUCAUCUACAUGUCCUCUGUUUUGCUUUUUGGUGCCUGCAUUGAGGGAGUAGUCCUGAGGGACAAAUUUGGUGAAGCAGUAAGAGGGAAUCUGGUGAUAGGUACAUUGGCGUGGCCAUCCCCCUGGGUCAUCGUCUUUGGCUCUUUCUUCUCCACUUGUGGGGCGGGGCUACAGAGUUUGACCGGAGCACCACGUCUUCUGCAGGCCAUAGCCAGGGAUGGAAUAGUGCCAUUUCUUAGAGUAUUCGGCCAUGGCAAAGCAAACGGGGAACCCACCUGGGCUCUGCUUCUGACUGCCUGCAUCUGUGAGAGCGGAAUUCUUAUCGCGUCUCUGGACUCGGUCGCGCCAAUCCUCUCAAUGUUCUUCUUGAUGUGUUAUAUGUUUGUGAAUCUGGCUUGCGCUGUACAGACUCUAUUACGGACCCCCAACUGGAGACCUCGCUUCAAAUUCUACCACUGGACUUUGUCAUUCCUGGGCAUGAGCCUGUGCCUCUCGCUCAUGUUCAUCUGCUCUUGGUACUAUGCCAUCGUUGCCAUGGUAAUCGCCAGCUGUAUCUACAAGUAUAUCGAAUUCCGGGGGGCAGAGAAAGAGUGGGGUGAUGGGAUACGUGGGCUGUCUCUGAGUGCAGCACGCUACGCACUUAUGAGGCUGGAGGAGGGGCCACCACACACCAAGAACUGGAGGCCUCAGAUCUUGGCACUGGUCAGUGUGGAUGCAGAGCAGAAUGUUGAACAGCCUCGCUUGCUGUCUCUGACCAGUCAACUGAAAGCAGGGAAAGGACUCACUAUUGUGGGCACUGCACUAACCGGAACCUUCUUGGACGAUCAUCCUCUGGCCCAACAAGCUGAGCAGUCCCUGAAGAAGCUAAUGGAAACAGAGAAGGUGAAAGGUUUCUGCCAGGUUGUGGUUUCCUCCAACAUCCGCGAUGCCACCUCGCACCUGGUGCAGGUCAGUGGGCUUGGAGGCCUCCAGCACAACACUGUGCUCCUCAGCUGGCCACGCAACUGGAAGCAGGCUGAAGAUCAUCAGCUCUGGAGGAACUUCAUCGAGUUGGUCAGAGAGACCACAGCUGCAAGUAAAGCCCUGCUGGUGGCGAAGAAUAUCGCAGCAUUCCCAUCAAAUGGUGAGCGUUUCACUGAGGGUUACAUCGAUGUUUGGUGGAUUGUUCAUGAUGGUGGCAUGCUCAUGCUACUGCCCUUCCUCCUGCGCCAGCACAAGGUGUGGAGGAAGUGCAAGAUGCGCAUCUUCACUGUGGCCCAGAUGGAUGAUAACUCUAUUCAGAUGAAGAAGGACUUGACAACCUUCCUCUACCAUUUGCGUAUAGAUGCCCAGGUGGAAGUAGUGGAGAUGCAUGACAGCGACAUCUCAGCCUACACCUAUGAGAAGACUCUGAUGAUGGAACAGCGUUCUCAGAUCCUCAAGCAGAUCAAUCUCACCAAGACAGAGCGUGAGCGUGAGAUCCAAAGCAUCACUGAUAGUUCACGUGGUUCGAUUCGUCGCAAGAACCCAGCAACAGUCAACACCCAUUUGAGUGUGACUGAGGAAGUAACAUCCAGCAGCAAGGAAGAUAAACCAGAGGAGGAGGAGCAGCUCAUCCACGAUAAGAGCACCAACCCACCAACACCCGCGACCCCACAGUCCCCUGCCACUGAGGUCGUGACUCCGAGCACAGCUGUCCAGAUGACCUGGACUGAGGCCAAAUGUGAUGGAGAGCAGCCCAAACCUCCAGGGGCCAGCACACCUGGGGCCAUCAAAGACCUUUUCAGUAUGAAACCAGAGUGGGAGAAUCUAAACCAGUCCAAUGUCAGACGCAUGCACACUGCUCUCAGACUCAAUGGUGAAAUCGUGAAGAAAUCUGGGGAGGCCAAGUUGGUCCUGCUCAACAUGCCUGGUCCACCCAAGAACAGGACUGGAGAUGAGAACUAUAUGGAGUUCCUUGAGGUUCUAACCGAGGGUCUCAACCGGGUCCUCCUUGUGCGUGGUGGAGGUCGUGAGGUCAUCACUAUCUAUUCUUGAAAGAACAGCCCGCAUCACCCCACACCCAUCCUCAGCCUCAACCCUACCAAAUUUCUCAUUCACACAGCCAACCCCAAAACAUUCCCUUAUCACACCCAAGCAAUAUCCCAUAAUUCCCUGAGUUUAUCCUACCCCCACCCUAAAAUGGAGCCACCA